CGCUAUUCGAUAAGAACGCUUCGAGAUUGUUUGUCACAACAAACCGCCCUGCGUGUUCUUAGAGCACUUAGAAAAGGCCGGGAGUUGAGAUGUUGAAGAUAGCUUUACGAAAUCGUUUGCUAGUAAUUGAUUCGAGAUGAGUAAAUGAAAUGGAUCUUCGCUAUGGCCAGGCCGGUGUUGUUAGCUUUUUGGAUUUUAUUUGCGUUUGAUUUUUGCUGGACAUUUGCUCGAGGUUUGGAGUGUGGUUAUCCGGGUGCCCCAUCCUUCGGCCGGCCGCACCCCGUGAAAGAACUAUACUACCCUGGCGAUGCUGUCUCUUUCACUUGCGCCCACGGCCACUCAUUGCAAGGGCCCCUACAAAGGGUGUGCCUACUCAAUGGAACAUGGGCGGGGCAGCUGCCCCUAUGUGAUCGCAGCCUUUCGAGUGUCGAUCAACAGGCCUCGUCCAGACAGACCUUAAGUUUGUAUCCCCCCGACAACUCCAUCGAUGGCGAUCCCCGAACCUGCACAUACACGGACAAACUCCGCCCCAGAUGGAUACGAGUGGACAUGCGGCAGAAUCAAAGGGUCCGAGCUGUUGCCAUCACUGUCCCUGCUGGCAUCUAUUCACAAGAUCCUGCCCAACUCACCAUCUAUGCUAUCAGCGUUCGAGAUUCGACAACAGCUUCUUAUCACAAAUGCGCAUCCUUCAAUGGACGCUUCGCCACAGCUACCCUCCAAUUAGCCUGUGCAGGUGGAGAAGUGGAAGGCCGGUACAUCCAUGUCGAAGAUAAUCGUCACAGAAUAGAUUACUUCAGUCUGUGUGAGAUACAAGUAUUCGUCAACAGAGGCAGCUAUGAAUGUGGAGAGGCCGAACGGCCUGCGCAUGCGUAUUCUGAGCGGACUGAAAGCGGAGCGGUGAAAUACAGAUGUGUGUAUGGAUAUCGCUUGGAAGGUCCGUCUACCAGAUUAUGUCAACCAGAUGGACAGUGGUCACAUUCGCAGCCAAUAUGCAGAGAAAUCAUAUGCCCAGCUGUUAAUGAGAUUCCUCACGGCCGUCUUCACUAUGUGAACCGGAAGAGCGACCAGCUGACCCUGGGAACUAUGGCUAAUGUUUCUUGUGACUAUGGCUACCAGGUGUCUGGAAGCCCCCUUUUAUGCGACGAGGACGGGAAGUGGACCAAAGGCAACCUCUCGUGCCAACCCAUUGACUGCGGCAUGCCAUUAGUUCGACACGAAUCCGAACAAUACGUUCUACUAAAUGGAACCAACUAUGGAGCAGUAGCACUUCUUAGGUGCGGAGAAGGAGAGGCCACUUUAACUUGUAGGGAGGAUGGAACAUGGUCUGCCCCUGAGCUAGACUGCGCCCAAGAGAUUGGACUAUCUAGAUUGGGUUUAGUUGAAGAGGAUCAAGGAGAUGUGCCUACAGGUAUAGUUAUUGGGAUGGCAGUAGUAGUUUUCAUUUUACUUCUCACAGUAGUGCUUGUACUGCUACUGAAAAGGAAAAAAGUGCUACGACAAAACAGCACAGAUUCACUGCCAUCAAAAGAAACAUCCUCCACCCUCACCCCAAACGCACCCCAGCCAUACGACAACGAUGCCUUCUAUGCCACCAUACCAGUGGAUGCCAUCGGCAACCCCACCGAGAACAAAAAGAACUUCAUGUCCACCAUUCUCUUCCCGAAGAAAAAGAAGCAAUCGGACACCAUCUCCAAGAAAUCUGAUGACACGAAAGAUUCUGGCAACUCAUCGGUCAGCACUGGUUGCAUCUAUGAGGAGAUUGGAACCAGAUCAGAAAGAAGGACACCUGAAGGUUGUGCUGCUGUGCCAGAAAAUGGCGAGGCAGUAUAUGCACAAGUGAAUUUGGAAGAAAAAAGACGGUCCAGACUGGUAAAGAACUUAUGUGAGAAAUUUGAGCCAGUGGAUCCACCAGAAUGGGAGAACACUUAUAGGCCAGAAGAAGCAUAUGAUGAGGUGGAUCUCGAACCCAUAAAGCUUCGGGAGCUUCCACCGAUUCCUGAUGAAAAUGGAAGUGGUGUGACGUAUGCUUCUUUGGCUCUGCCACUGGAUCCUCCAACAAUGAGCAGGACAAACGAGAUUUAUGAAGAUUAUUCAAAUGCUGCCCCUACUACUGUUAUGAAAGAUAAUGAAUUGUACUUAUCAAGUGGGACAUUAAAAGUGUGAUAGAAGAUAUUUUAUGAAACUUUGAAAACUUGCCACUCAUAUUCUCACUAGAUAUUGUUGAAAGAUGUAUGCAUCAUUGAUUCUGAAAAUAUAUUAAUUAAAAUUAGCAAAAAAACAAGAUUCAUGAUUUCAAAGAUGCCACUUCUAAUGAUAAGAAAGGUUAAUUGUAUUAAAUGAAUGGGACACUAAUAGUGUGAGAGGUGUUACGAGUUAAAAUCAAGUGUUCUUCUAACCAGGUGAGAAAUAAGUAGAAAAAGGACAUAUAUUGGUAUUAAAUUUUGGUCAGUAGUAGAUAGAUAUGACGCCUUACAAGUGUCUGGUCUGUGCAUAACAAAAAUCGAAAACUAAAGUUGUAAAAAAUGCAAAAAGCCAGGAAAUGUUGAGAAGAAAAAAUAUACUGACACUUUGCAUAUACUGAAUGUGCACAUGGAUUAUCUUUUGAUAAAGAAGACAUUACAUUUUUAUAAAGCAUAAAUUGUAUAAAAAUAUUAUUAUGUCAGAGAUCAAGAUGUACAAAAGAAAGAAUUUAUUAAUACAUUUAUGCAACUUUUGUUUUGAAAAAAUGAACGAUUUUUUAUCGUUUGCACAUUUUGAUUAGCAGCUGCAGCCACUGUAAAAUUAUAUUGCUAAAAUCUGCAGUAGCAGUAUCUGGACUAGUUGUAAAGAAACAUGAAAAAUUAUUAGUGCCUUCUUUCUAGAAGUUGAGCCAUUCCUUUUCAUUUAGGGGAGAAAAGAAAAGGGAGAAAAAAAACCCUCAGGCUCCAUUGAACAAAAUAAUCGUGACAUUUGUCACUAGAUUACAGUAAAGUGGCAGCUGUUAAUAAAUUUUGAAAAUAUAAAAAGUCACACACAAUGAAUUCAGUACUUUCUAACUCAAAACAUCUGUCCAGCAUAUGCGCUGAAUUGGAAAAAAUUAUUGCCAUCAUAGACUCUAUUUCUUGAGCCAUGAAAUAUGUUUAUCUUUGAACAACCUUUUCUCAUGGAUGUAUUAUGGAAAUGGAUUGAUAUUGAAUGUUCUGUUUUAUAACAUAAUGUAGGUUCAAAUCUGCAUUUAAUUGAUUCAUGUUUAACUGUUAAUUUUUAAUUUUAAUAAUGAAGAACAUCUGUCCAGCAUAUGCGCUGAAUUGGAAAAAUUAUUGCCACCAUAGACUCUAUUUCUUGAGCCAUGAAAUAUGUUUAUCUUUGAACAACCUUUUCUCAUGGAUGUAUUAUGGAAAUGGAUUGAUAUUGAAUGUUCUGUUUUAUAACAUAAUGUAGGUUCAAAUCUGCAUUUAAUUGAUUCAUGUUUAACUGUUAAUUUUUAAAAUGAUCAUAGAUUUGAUGAUAAAUAAUGAAGAUCAAAUGGCAUUCCAGUCUCCAAAUAAAAAUGACAUCCAUCUGUUAGAAGCUUUGGUAACACUUCAGAUUAAUGUAGUUUCUUGCCUUGCACACAAAACUCCCCAAAAAACUGCCAGCUUUUAGGAUUGCAAUAAAAAAUUGCCACAAUUACAUUUGGCGAGAAAAUGCCUGAAAAUAAUUCAACUUUGGGAUGUCUUAAGUCUAGCAAGAGCAAGGAAGAUUCAAUAUAUAUCAGCUUCAUAUGCAUACUUAAUAAAACAAAAGAAAAUCAAUAUUGAAGGAAAAAUCGGGUAAAUAGUUUAUUGACAACAUAGGCAUAGUGAGGGUGAAUUGUACCCCGGGCAUAGCUUUUGUUUCUCCUGUAAUAUAUAUAUAUUUUUUUAAGUUAUGUAAACAUUCUAAUGUUCUGCCAUCAUGAUGGCCCAAACAUUUGUUCUCUCUGGUUAUAGAACAAAUACAAAUGCUGUUACAAAAAAAAAAAAAAAAGGUUCAUUAAAUUUUAAAGAUAAGGAAAUCCAUAUCUAUAGUUAGUGAUAAUUCAAAUUGACAUUAAGUAAAUAUCUUGAAACAACUUUAUCUUCCUUUUUCCACUGGCACAACAUACCUGGAUGGACCUUGGCCUUCCCGAGAAUUUCCUUCCAUGCAGACCCAUUCUUGGCUAAAAUGUUCCAAUUUGUCCCUUUAAUAAUUUUCAAUUCCUUUUCUAGGCAGUCAAUCCAUCUAAGUUUUGGUCUCCUUUUCCAAAUACCAAAUGGUUUAGCCAAAAAGAUCUUUUUAAUGGUUCAAUUGUCAUCCAAUCUUAUUAAGUUCCCUGCUCAUUUAAACAUGUGUUGCUAUAAAUUUAAUAAUAUAUGAUUCUUUAAACGGUUUAUAAAUUUCUCACUAGCUCUUUCUUUCUCUAAUAAUUAUCACAUUUAAUUCUAACAAAUAUGCCUUUGCUAUAUUUAAAAGGGGAAUUUUAAAGAAUAUCUUUCUCAAUCAUUGCCCAUGUUUUAGCAGUAUAUGUCAGAACAAGUCUAAUCAAAGUUUUGUAAAUGAGUAAUUUAGUUUUUCAACUGAUAAAACUAAGAUUUUAAAUAUUUUUGUCGUAAAAAAAAAGUCUAUUAACAGAUGCAACUCUGUAGAGAGAUAGAAUGUCUUCCACUGAUGUUUAGAGCUACAUUAUGAUUGAAUAUAUCAAUAAUUUUUUUAUGUAUUAUAAUGCAAUAUAAUUAGUUCAAUGUUACAUCCCCCAGUAGUCGAUUUGAGGACAUAUUGUACAUAAUAAAGCCUAGAAGUACUGGAGCAAGCACCUCGAGCUUUUAAGAGAUUACCAUAAAUAAGCAGAAUUUCAACUCGGGUGAAUUUGAUUAGCAUAAUGCACAAAUUAUAUUUUUUUUUGUUAAGUAUAAAAAUGUACUUAAAGAGGAUAAUGUUGUAAUUAUGACCAAUAAAUAGCCAGAUUUUUUUUCCAAUUUUCAUUUUGGAAUGUCAACAGAUAGAUAAGAUAAAUCAAAUAAAAUCAGAAAGUAGUUAAGCACAAAAUAAUAAUAUCAAAUGCAAGAAUGGAAAAACAUUCAAAUGAAUGUUUCACUAUUACAAAAUUUUUAUCUCAGGUUGAUUUAUUCACUUGGUUGUAUUAGGAUAAUCAGACUUACAUAAACAGAAGUCCCACUUUUAAUGAGGCAACAAAUUUAAGGAUUUUAAAGGAACUUUUUAAGAAAAUUCAAUGACAUAAAAUAUUAUAUUUUGGGCAUAAUAAUAUAAGUGAUAAAUUUAAAAUAUUUUCAGAUUAACAUUUAAUUACAUCAUUUUCUUUCCUGUCACUCACAGAUGCUUACAUGAAGAGCAUCAAGGACACAUGCUAUUGCUCAUCUUGCAAUUAAUAAGCCAAUACUUUACAGUUCAAAGUGGAGUUUGGACAAUGCAAACACUCUUACUGUAAAUUACUCAAUGGCUACAAAUAUAUGCUAAUUUCCCCAUAACUACUUUUGAGCACUCACUUCAAAAAUAAAUUCACCCUUUCAAGAUAAAUUAUAAAAAAUUGGUUUUCCCUUUAGUCCUAAAAAAUAAUCUUGUCGAUACUGCUUCAUUUAGUGGAGAAGUGGUGGUCAGCUGCACAUAAAGAAGUUCCAAAAAAUAAUGUCUGCACAUUCAUCUAUUUUUCAAGAACCUAGAGAAAAACCAAGUGCCAUUUAGCACUGCAGAAUGCAGCAAAAUAAAACUCAAGGAAUUUUCAAAGAUUGUGGAAGCCUUGCACAAGUGGCAAAAUUCAAGGAGAAUUAAAAAAUAUAUAUAUAAACAAACUAGUGUUUUGUUCAUAUGAAUUACUUACUGGUAAGUAGAAAACAAUUAAUUUUGGAAUUUAUUAAAAUCCAGGAGACUUUUUCAUUUGGAGGCAGAGUUUAAAAUUGUGACUUCAUUAUUCAAAGCCAACAAUAUCAAAAUUGACUGAGAGUCAGUUGAUUACUCUAUAUUUUAAAAUGGUAACUUCAUGAAAAUUUACUUACUAUUUUAGUUUUCAAACUAAUCCAUGUAGCUUGUUGCUUACUGACCAAAAGUAAUACUUCUUUUUGAAAAUGGAAUUUCGCAGUGAGACUCUUCCAAUAUACAUUUACAGAGACAAAGUUUGAUUCGGUGCUAAAUAAAUACGAUUCUCAAUGCUCCAUUCAAACUAGCUGUUUUAUAAAUAUUCCUUGACACUAGACAAUUUCUUAAAUCAAUAAAUGAAAUACAUCUCCGUUAAAACAUACUAGCAUAAGAUCUGUUGUGCCACACAAGGACUACAAUGUUAUUUAAUGCAAUUGAAUAAGUAUUGCAAGACUCAAAUUUAUAUGUUAAAAAUUAUAAUAAAUGAAAUAACUUGUACUUUGUUCCCUAAUAAAUAAAACUACAAUGGUAUAUUUUUAAUAAAAAAAAUACCUGCCCACACCGAGUUAUAAAAAUUUAUAUUUAAGUCUACCCCCCCUCAAAUAUUGACUGAAAUGCUGAAAGUUGCAGCUCUUGAACAAUUUUAUUUGUUUGCAAAUAAUUGAGUAGAAAAUUUUUUUCUAAUAGAAUACUUAUAUAUAUAUAUAUACCAUUAUUUUUGUGAAUAUCUAUCAAGAUAAAUGUGCUUUAGCUAUAUUCAAUAUUGCUGGAUUUGAGUGCAUCCCUAAUUGAAAAUGCUGUUUGACGAAUUUAAACAACCCGAAGUAUAUCGAUGUACUAUUAUGAGUGUAUAUAUAAAAUGACUGAAUUUUGUACAUAGGUUAAAAGGUGAGGAUACAGUAUUUUUUGUACAGUUUUGUUUUUGUAAAAUUUUUCUACUUAAGAUGUACUAGUCAGUUUAUAAAAUGAAUAAAUGGAAAAAGUUUUUUU